AAUGGUAAGAGCUGAGGCUGGAGCCUCAGUGGGUAGGGCGUUUGCCUUGCACACGGCCGACCCGGGUUCAAUUCCCAGCAUCCUGUAGAGUCCCGUGAGCACCACCAGGAGUAAUUCCUGAGUGCAGAGCCAGGAGUAACCCCUGUGCAUCACCAGUUCAUCCAUGAGCUCGGAUUUCCCACAUUACAACUUCAGGAUGCCUAACAUUGGAUUCCAGAAUUUGCCUCUCAACAUAUAUAUUGUGGUUUUUGGGACUGCUAUAUUUGUCUUCAUCCUUAGUUUACUCUUCUGUUGCUACUUGAUUAGGCUAAGACAUCAAGCCCACAAGGAAUUUUAUGCCUAUAAGCAGGUUAUAUUGAAAGACAAAGUAAAAGAGCUGAAUUUACAUGAGCUCUGUGCGGUGUGUCUGGAAGACUUCAAGCCUCGGGACGAGCUGGGGAUCUGCCCGUGUAAGCAUGCCUUCCACAGAAAGUGCCUUAUUAAGUGGCUGGAGGUGCGGAAAGUGUGUCCGCUCUGCAACAUGCCGGUGCUGCAGCUGGCCCAGCUGCACAGUAAGCAGGACCGCGGGCCCCCGCAGGGGCCGCUGCCCGGGGCCGAGAACAUUGUAUAGCGCGGCACAGCACCCAGCCAGGGCGGGGCUGCCGCCCGGCCGCCCCCCGCCACCCGGAGCCGGGAGGAACACAGGCGGCCUCGACACUGGCUGCUCUGCCCGAGGGCACCAGCUGCCACUUCCUUUGCCUCAUGAAGGACUCUUGGGCCCGCGACGCUGGGCACCCUGACUUCUGGGUCUUGGGACAGCCAAAGCACUCUGACACUACCCCAAUGCCAAGCGAAAAGGAGCUGAGGAGCCUUUGGGUUGGGCUCAGGAAACUUCCUGAGGGUCUUGGCUGAGACUCCGAGACACCCCGUCUCCCAGACACUUCUCUCCGUGGCCAGGUGAAUCUUUAGCCAGCAGCAGGGACGAGAAACACAAGUGCUAGAGAAGGGAGCUAGGGCAGGUCUGCACCUCCUUCCCCCCUCCCCACACCCCCCCACCCCCUACUCACACCCUCACCCCUGGGCGUCUCUGCAGCGCCGCCUGCCUUUGCCCCGUGCGUGACCUGGGCAGGCAGCAGAGGCAGCGGCGACACUGGCCGGGGCUGAAGCAUGACCAGCGGCCAGCGCCUGGGGAGGUGCUGCCAGCAAAUAUUUUCACAUUAUGUUCCUUCGAUAAGGCCAUCUGGGAACCCCGGGCGGGGGGGGGUGACUGAGACGAAGCCGGGCCCCUCACCGCCCCCAGUCUCCCUCGGGUCCACACCACUUAGCACAUCAUCUGAGCUGGGAGAGGCCUGCCCAGAGCCCGGUACCUUGCUCCUCUCCGACCCACCCCGCCCAGAGAGCCCCCACCUCGGGCUGUGAGCCCAGGUUGUCCCUGUGUGACCCAAAGGGUCCCAGGGGGCUGCCCACACCCCUCAGAUGCAGCAUAGUCCCAGCGUAGCUGCCGGACCCCCACGCCUCCGUCAGUCCUGUGAGGGGUCCGAGAGAGAGAGAAAGAGGAGCGUCCCUGAGAGUGGCCGAGCCUCCUGUCACCACGGAGACGUGAAGAGGGGUGCUGACCCCUGGCCUCUCCUCCCUGCCCUGUUCUCCGCCUGAGAGAAAAGGCCUGUCACCCACUUCUGAACAAUCUCACGCAGCCCAAAUAAGGCGGGUCCCUGUGUCGUUGUGAAGCUGGGAUCCACGUGUAAAUAGCGCGGGCGGCUCCCUCGGGCCGAGCGCUCGCCCCUGUGCCGCGGGCCUCCGUGUUCGGACCUGUGAGAAGCGAUCGCAAGUGUCUUUUGCAGGAGCAAAGUGCAUGCUGCUCUUUGGCUCUCUCUGUCCCAACCUCUCCAGAAACGACUCAGAGUCCGUCAGGACUCGUGAAUAGUGUUAUAAACGGGCGCCCUCGGAGCAGCACCGGGGCCUCUUCCCCCCACAGCCCUGCCACCCACCGCCAGCUCUGCCUCAGCCCUGCCCACACACUGAGGGAUGCCUGCACUCUUCACGGCAGGGGGCCAGUUUUUUUUUUUCUGGACCCCCACCUCCACCUUAACUCGGGAGAGGAAACCUGCCUUUGGCUCAGGUGGCUGGGUCCGGAGGAGGAAAAUUCCCACUAGUCUGGAAUCCAGUUGGCUGGGCGGAAUCCAGUCUGGAAAGUUACAGAUGCAGUUUGGUCCGAGUUGGCCGUUUCCCACAGGUGCCCUCCCCGCGGUAUGCAGACUGGACUCCAGCUGAAACAGGGCUGGGGAGGUGUGGAAUAUUUUUCUGUGAAAGCCUUAGUCUGUGUGGUACUGUGAAAAGAACCAUUUGUACACUCCUCCUUUC